UUUUCUGUUGAGUAUAACUUAAACUUACUUACCUUUUUUUAAAAUAAGUUCACUUAAUUUUUGUCACUUGGUAAAUGAAAGUUGAAUUAAUUACAUAAUAAAAUCACAGGUGAUAUUUAUAAUAAAGUUGUCAUCAAGUUAAACAAGUGGUUUUGGUGAGAAGAAACGUUCAAAAGAAACUUUUGGGAUCCGGAUAUUUUAAAGAAACCACCUUAAAAACAUUAAUGUUUAGUUUGUCCAACUGAUUGUAAAAAUUUACCAUAUUUACUUGACACUGUUCAAUUUUGAUAAAGUCAUCAGACUAUGGUUACAAUUAUCCAACCUUUACCUGGUCCGAUAAUGCAAAUUAAUUGGAGAUUAAAUUUUCAAACAGAUAUUUAUACCAAUAUUGAACACACAACAAACUCCCAGCUGUAUAGUCAACUACAUUCAAGUUAAUUGGAAUCAUCAAAAUUUGAAUCUUAAUUGAGAAAAAAUUGGCGCACUCAGGAGUAAACAUUACAUUUGGCUGGAAAAGGUUUGACCCAAAGAUUGCCAAUUGUUUAUGGUGGAUGUUAAAUGAUUGAAACAAUCAACCUGAUCGCCAUUAUAAAUAAUAAUCAAGAUUCAAAGUAUCCCCGGUCGUUCACGGGAGAUAAAUUGAGUACAGUGAAAAAGGUGAGAGAUAGUGGGAGAGGAAGAGGGAGCUUGGAAUAAAAAUCCAGUUAUUAGAGAGACAAUCCGAUUUAAUUGUUCGCUGAAUUCAAGCCACUAUUUUCAGGCCUACCAUAUCUUCCUACUCUCUCCCCCUAACCUCUCUUUCCCUCUCUCUCUCACUCUAUCUCUUCUCCCUUCUUAUAUUUUGCUCUCUUAAUGGGAACUAGUUGUAGUUCAUUAAAAAAAGAAGAUAGACACAAAUCAUCAGUUGAUUCUGGGCCUCCAACAAUCGAAGAGAGAAGAUGCUCAAAUAAAAUAAGCGAAAACUGUCCAAAUAAUGGUUACGAUCUACUAAAAGAGUCAUCAGCAGGAUCUUCAAGUAAAGAUGAUGACAAGAGAGGUCAAUCAUCAUCUGUUGCCUCAUCAGAAUUGCAUCCUGCCAAACAAUCUUCUAAUUUCAACCAUGAUAAUCAUCUUUGCGCUCCAUCAGUCACACCAUCACCAUUACCAUCAUCUCAAACACCAUCUCCUUACACAACUCCAUCAGCCAACAAACAAUUAUCCAUAACUUCUUCAGGAUUACCGAAUUUGGGAAUUUUCUCCAAUGUAAUAAGAAAUUUGCUAAUCGGACAGAAAGUCACUUCACCAAGACUACCUCUCAACAAACAGCUGACUAUUUAUCUAGUGACCAAUAAUCUUGAUAGAUAUGAUCCAGUUGUCAAUAAACUAGUGGAAUCGCUUAAAAGCCAACUACUCUUCAAAAGCUAUGAAAUAAAUUAUUUCAACUUCAAUCUCGAUCAUCUUAGUAUUUACGAUGAUGAGCACCAAUACAAAGAGAUCUGUCUCAACAGUUUUAAAUACCUCCAGGAAAGAGGUAAAUUAAUACCUCUAAUCAUUUUGGAUGAGACGCCCGAAAGACGGUUACUUCCAAGGAUUAUCGACGAUUCUUCAUAUAACCAAAUAAUCUCGCAGAGCAAUGAAGAGGUUAAAAAUUUGAUAGAGAAAUGGUAUUUCAAAGAUCUAAAUCAGGAGCCACCUAGUUAUAUUCUACACUCAAUUAGUGAUCAUUUACCUUCCUUUAAAAGUCAUUCCGCUGACGAAAGGAAAAAAUGUCUCGAAACCUGGUAUAGUGAAUCCAAAACAAUAAUCGACUUUUUGUUAAAUUCAACAAAUCAAAAGACAUUUGACGAUCUCAUAUCAUCAGUACUUAGCGAAGAGGUUAAAUUUCUAGCUUCCGACUCAGAUGAAAUUAAUAAAAAUACUUUACUGGUUCGUUUAGUACAAUUGGAACAAUUUUCAUCGCAUGUACAGAAUGCCAUUAAUUUAAUCGAGGAAAAAAUAAUGACAACAAGAAAGCUGUUAGCUCCAAAUGCAAGUGUGGAUCUCGAUAAAGCCACUGUUGAUAAGGAAAUUUUCAAUUUUUUCAAUGAAAAUUUCAAAAAAUUAGCUGAAUUAGCUGUUGAGGAGGAAUUUGCUGCUGAUUCAAUCAAAAAGUACUGUGAAAUUGACAAUAAUUUAUUCUGUGAGUUAGUUUAUCAAAAUUCACACCGCAUUUUUUUGGAUCAACCUUUCAUUGGUAGGGAAUCUAUUCUUCAGCAAAUACAAUUUUACAUUUGCUCAGCUUCAAGAUACCCAUUGAUUGUCCAUGGACCUAGAGGAUCAGGGAAAUCAUCUUUACUUGCCCGAGCAUCUUUUGAAUGUAGCUAUUGGUCUCCCACUACUGUAAUUGUCUAUCGUUCUGUGGGUUUAACUAGUGAAUCUCUUACUAUUGAACAAACUCUUCGCAGUAUUUGCGAACAAUGUUGUACACUUUACGGAGAACACAUUAGUUUUGCUUCUUCAAUUUCAAUAAAGCCCUUGGAAACGCUAGGUAAGCUUUUGAACAAAGCAAAUGAGGAAAGACCUCUAACAAUAAUCAUUGACGGUGUUGAUCAAUUUGCCGAUUACAACUGGAUUGAGUUUGAUGUCUGGCUGCAUGAAGAGCUUCCUGCUUUCGUCAAAGUUAUCCUUGCCAUGACGGAUGAUGAUUGUUUGGAUAAAUUUAAGUCUAUUGGGAAAUGUGAAUACUUAGAUAUUAGCAAUAUCACUUUAAAUGAGAUGGAACGCAUCUUAGACGUCACCUUGCAGAAUAAAUCAAGGCGAAUUACUGACACGCAAAGAGAAUUUGUUUGUAAGCAAAUGAAAGAGUCACGUACACCUUUUUACGCACAAGUUUUCUCUCUCAAAAUGUCAGAGAUAGCAUCAACUACUCAACCAGAGGAAAUAAAUGAAACUUGUAACAUUGAAACCAUCAUACUCUCUUUCAUAAAUCAACUCGGUAACAUCAUUGAACCAGCUCUGAUGGCAGCUAUCAUAACAGUUCUUUCCUCAACUAAGUACGGUAUCUCUGACACCGAAGUAAUGGAUAUAAUUUUUAAAAAUCAAUCGUUACGAGAUUUAUUUUACAUUGCUCAUCUAUCUAACUUUCCAUAUUCAUUUUGGUCUCUCAUUCGUUUUAAAUUAUCACCUUUUAUUGCUACAAAAGCAGAUGAUUCAUUGAUUAACUUUAAAACUCAUCAAGUUAAAACAAUCAGUGUUAAAUAUACACAAAAAUGGAAAGAUGUAACGAAAUUAAGUCAAGAAGAGAUGAUUAAUUAUUUCGAUAUAUCUCCCAAAGACUUGCUGUCUGAUCAAAUUUUCUCAGGUUCAGAGACUUUAACAAACCAAUGGCCUAAUCGAAGGAAAGCUCAAGAAUUGUGUUAUCUGAAAAUGAAGCUCACUGAUGAUUUAUCUUCAUUUGUUGAACAAUAUUGUCUCAAUUUGAGAUGGAUUUGUUUCAAGUUGUUGGUAUGUGAUCCUUUUCAAUUUUUGGAAGACUUGGUGCUUGUCAAAUCAAUCUGGAAAAAAAGAUCUCAUUUAGUAAAGACAAAUAGUGGUGAUCAAGAAAGCGAAAAAUAUUCAAGUGAUCUCUCAAUUCUCAAUUAUACCAUCAUGAUCUCAGCUUAUCCUCUUCGAUACCAUGGCUUACAAGUCAUCAGUCAAAUCUAUUCUCGGUUGUACUCAUUUCUGGGUCUCUCGAUCAACAGUCAACAUUCUUCCUUAUCACUAUCAUCAUCAACAACCACCUCCGCCGUCUCCUCCAUGAAAGUUAAUGAUUUGGCUAAAAAAUAUCCAAAAGCUGCCAAUAUUGUUGCAGAAUGUAGAAAACCAUUUAUACCAAGUUUAUUACCCCUAAAUACUCAAUUUAUGUCAGUUAAUGGUAAUAUUUUUGAUGAAGGAUCUGAUGAAUCAAACACCUUGACUACUGGACAAUCAGGAUUAGAUUGUGUUGUUAUUGAAGAAAAUCAUUAUCAAUAUGAUCAAAUAUUUCUCAUUAAAGGAAACGAUGCUCAUGUAAUCGCCCUUUCAACUGGUCGUGGCGAAAUUAGUGUUUGGAACAUUGGCAAACAAAAACCUGUUCGUUUAUUGAAAGGAAUCAACCAACCCAAAGAUUUACGAAUGAUUGAUCAAUAUCGAGCUGUGGUUCUUUGUAAUCGUGAUUUGCGAAUCUACAAUUUAGAUGAAGGCUCUUUGGUUAUGAAAUUAAAAGGAGUUAUGAAUCAAAAGAUGCCAUUCUUUGGGCUACAUAAUGAAAAUUAUCUUGUUGCUCUUUCUCGUAAUAGAAUGUAUGUCAAUAUGCAAAGCUUGAAAACUGGAGAUUUAGAAACAACUUUUAAAGUUGGAGAAGAUAGAUUCCUUAAUAGUCUUCUUGUCAGUGCCAAUGGAAAUAUCUGUGUAUGUGGUGAUGAAACUCAAAAGCCUUUCCCUCUUCUUGUUUGGGAUUUGAUUAAUCGAAAAUUGAUUUACGAUUUACGUAUCCCACACCAUGAAUUCAUCACAAAGUUGUCUGCAAUUAGUGAUGAUGGGCAUUAUGUUGUCUGUGUUAGCAAAGAACUUAAUUCAACAUCUCCCAAUUUCAUCAUAGUCUAUGAUCUUCAAAGUGGAACAUUAUUUAAAAAAUGGAAACCUGAUUGUAAUACUGUUAGUAUCACUAUAUCAUCCAGUGCUUCUUGUGUAAUUAAUUGCACAGAAACAGCGCUCAUCUUGGUUUGGGAUCUUUCAACUGGAGCUAAAAGACUCACCCUACAUGGACACAUUGCUUCUGUGGAUAUAUUACAAGUUGAUGAGAGAGGUCAAACCUUACUUUCUUACGACUCUACUGGCAAAGACUUAAGUAUUAGACUAUGGAAUCUUGAUAAUGGUUCCUGUCUAGCUGUUUUCACACCAGAUCAGCCGUUAAGCUGCUGUCAACUAUCUCGUAAUGGGAAAAGUGUUGUAGCUUGCCUCACUGAUUCACCGCAGCUUCAUACCUUAGUUCUUUGUCAAAAUUCAACACCUGAAGAGGAAAUUUCAGAAUUAAAAUCAUCAAUUUAUGGCUCUCCUGAGAACGAAUUUAAAGAAUUUGACUUGUCGAAAGAUGUAUAGACAGGAAAUAAUGAAAGCUUUUAAUCCAUCCCAAUAUACUUUCAAAACUGUAUUAUAUUCAUGCGUUCACUUCAAUUAACUUCUCUCAAGAAAUCAUUUGAACUUUAAACGCACCUUAUCUCUCACACACUCAAUUAUCACAACAAUACACACUAACACAAACUCGAGAUAUUUGCAUUUGAUAAGAAAACGCGGAGGCAUUUGCCAGCUAUUUGUUCAGUUCUGAUUCUUGACCAACUUCUUCCUCAAAAAGGAGAUUAGUUCAGGCUCUAGAAUUUCGACCCUCUGUUUCUUCUAUUAACUUUGAGCAUCUAUGUAUUCAUAAUCAUUUUCAUCCUAAUUUAAUGACGUGCUUUUCAUAGUCUUUUUUGCGCUAAGUGAGUUAUCAAUGAUUGCUUUAAGACAGCAUAAUCAUCAUCAUCAUUUGAAGCUAUAAGGGUGAUGCUUAACUUUUCACCACAAUCAUAUCCAUCAGUUGAAUUCCUGGAAAGUAAAACAAUAAUCAUACCGCCAUCAUGCAACUUACACUUUUAAUUUCUUCAAUUGUAUGUAUAUUUAUAUGACUUAUAAUGUAAUAUCGCUUAACAAACAAAGCUAAAAAUAAAGUGAAAACAAAAUUAAAACAAUUUAAAACAAUCAUCAUCAUCACCAUUACCAGUAUUGAGUGAUUAUAAUGGUUCAAAUUUCAAUUUGAAGCUGCUUUUUACAGAAAGUUUAUCAAGAAUCAAAAUCAUACUAUAAUAUGAUCACACAUCAGGAGAUUCAUUUAAAGACAAGCCCCUCUGAAAGAACUCAACUCAUUUAUUAGCAUUCAAAGGUCAACCAAAGGUGUAACUCCCAGUCGCAAGUUAAUUUCAACAUUAACUCGUUACUAAGAUUACUAGCAGAUAUGAUUAAAGUUAAUGGACUAGGACGAGUUUGUGUAAUGAUCAACGAUGACGCAAGUCACAAAUUUCACUCAGACUCACUUGGAACAGGAUAUUUUUUUUAUCUCAAUCUCACUCUCUUUUACCACCGUUAUUGCAUCUUCUGAUGGACUUUAUUCAGUUGAAUGAUGAAACUUGACCUUAUCAGUGAAUAUAAAUAAAAAAGCAAUCAGUUUGUAAACAAUGUAUUUUUGAUUCUCACUGUUUGUUCAAAUUUCAAACCAAACAGUCUUGCUCUCGUCCUAGCUCGAUAAUGUUGGUUGUCAGUCAAGAAACCGAGUUGGAACAAGCUUUAAGUGUACAUCGACGAUUGGGUAAAGUUAUUGGUUUGGUGCCAACAAUGGGUUCACUUCAUGAAGGACACCUAAAGCUGGUUAAAGUCGCCCAAGCUGAAUGUGACAUUGUUGUCGUUACUAUAUUUGUGAACCCAACGCAAUUUGCUCCAAAUGAAGAUUUUGAUAAAUAUCCUCGAAAUUUCGUUAGUGAUUGUGAUAAGCUGGAAUCUAUUGGCGCUGAUAUACUUUUUGCUCCUAGUGUUGAUCUUAUCUAUCCCAAUGGCAAGGACAGUUGCACCAAAGUUAUUUUACCCGAUUCAUAUACUAAAAUAUUGUGUGGACGUUCAAGGCCUCAUUUUUUUGAUGGAGUAGCUCAAGUUUGUACUAUACUGUUCAAUAUUGUUAAACCUGAUAUUGCUGUUUUUGGUGAAAAGGAUCGUCAACAAAUUACCAUUGUUCGUAAAAUGGUAAAGGAUCUUCACAUUAACAUUGAAAUAAUUGGUGUACCAACAGUAAGGGAAGCGAAUGGACUGGCCAUGUCUUCAAGAAAUAACUAUUUACCUGUUGAAAAAUUGUCACUUGCUUCAAAUUUGUUUAAAAUGAUGGAAAAAACUGCUUCUGCCAUCAAAACCGGUAACCAUGAUUAUGAGAAACUCUGUUCAUCCGCUUGUCAACAAUUAACAGCUGAUGGUUUUCAAGUUGACUAUUUUGAGAUCCGCAAUCUUCAUGACUUAUCGUCUAAUCUCUCUAAUGACAUUUGUAUUUUCACUGCAGCUUGGUUAGAUGGAACUCGUUUAAUUGACAAUUAUCCACUUCCUAGUUUUAAUAACCAUGAAGGUUGUGGAAAUGGCAGUUGAAAAUAUAAAAUAUUAAAUUUAUUGCUUUAGUGAUGAA